UCCACCUCAAAUACUGUUUUGUUCUGAAACCGUUCAAUACGCUUAUACAUGUAUCUUACGGUUUUCGUACGAUAAAAACUGAACCUUCAUAUUCCUGAAUCCACCAUUUGCUCGACAACCCUUUUUGGGAACAUCCACCGUGGGCACAGGACACACUGCUAUAAUACUUUUCUUCUUCCCUGCUUUCUGACUCCGAUAUACUGUUUCCACACACAAGAUUGUUGACCAACUCAAUAUCCUUCGACGUCCCUCCUUACUCUCCGUCCUCAGAGGAUCUAUACAGAUUCUCCAAUACACCUUCUUCCACUUCUUCAACCUACCUAGUCUGCUCCAUUCAUAUAAGCAUUACUCCACAUCCUGAUGGCUCCUCGACCAGCACUCUAUCCUCUCAAGACACCGAAGGGGGUGACUUUCCCUUCUGAGCUUCAAGAUGACCUUCCGUUCGGGUCAGAGAUUAACCAGCAAGACGCAGGAGAUGGACCUUCAGUAUUACCUCCACAGGCAUACACAGACUUUCUAAGGGCAUUGAGUCCUGUAUAUGCAGGAUCAGAAGGACUCAAUGCCAGCUAUACGAAGUGGAUGAUGAGCAAGACUCUGCCCUCUCCUGUCUCAUUGCCUUCGACAGCCAGCACCUCGUCGUUCCCCGGCGAUGGUGAGGCGAAGACGAGCCCAACAUUAAUCCCACCAUCUCCUGUCAUUUCAGCUCGACCAUCAAAGGAGUCUAGCUCUUUAAGACGUCUACGUCCAUUGUCACAAUAUCCCUACUCUCCCAUUUCCGCCGAAUCUCCUCGGAGCCCGUUCACAGUACGGCCUCCAUAUUGCCCUGCAGAUCGCAGAGCAAGAAGCAUUGACACAACAAAUGCCUCGAGCGGACGAAUUAUCACUAUUCAACAUAUUGUCACGCGCACGGUCACCCUGAAGCGCACACCUGCGCUCGAGGCGCCACCUAAAGGCAAACGCCGCAGGACCAGCGACUCAGAAGAGCAGUGAAUCUGCUUCACAAGCCUUACGACCAUGAUCUGAAGGACCCAGCCUAUUCUUCUUGUUGGAUGUUGGAGUUCUCGGAUUGUUACUUGUUCUUUUCUGUGCAUUCAGCUGUAUGCUUGCCUUUCGAUGCGAUACUUUUGGAUCCCAAGUUAUGCAUUAUCGGGUUCUGAGUUUUUUUGACGACUGCUAGACAAACACGCAUCCAGAUCCUGGCGAUUAGGAUUGCGAACAAUCAGGUGAUGAGGAUUGGAGUUGGAGCACUGCAUAGUAUUGGGUUCUUGUUGUCAUUAUCAUUGGAAAACGCCGUGUCUCUCUUUGCGACUGCUUCGAGAUGAGUCCAUGUUCUCUAUAGUGGGUGGAAGGUGGGCUUGGGCCCUUGGCGUUGGUUGUCUGACUCGGACCUUAAAGAGCCAAUUGAUGUGAACAUAUCGCUAAAGCAUGUUGUUAAUCGAUGUGGGACCAAUCAGAUUCUAUAACUCAAUGUUGG